CGUUUUAGUAACAAACAAGUUGUCGUAUAAAAUCGUAUCAGUAAUGUGAAAGGUAUUCAAAUUGUAUAUCAUCUGUGACUGUUUUAAACUGGGUUGGAAUUAACACGACGGGGAAGUGACAAAUAAUUCGAGAAUGGUGAAACGAUUGCACGAUCUGUGUCUCAUCUGCAUUACAAAAAAUCUUCAAAAUUUCUCAGAUCUUCCAGUCCGUUUACCAACUGUACAUAAAGAACUGUUAAUAAAAAGACUGGCUUAUCAUGACUUGUUGUAUGAGACUAAUAUACCAUAUGUGGUACAGAACGUAUUUUGUUCAAGUCUACGUACGAUAGUGUUUUAUAAAUGUCAUCAGGUGACGGACGAUUUGUUGGAGAAACUAGCCAGAUCACGAUGUAGAUUACAGUUUUUAAAUAUACAUGGUUGUCAGUUAGUUACAGAUGUAGGAAUUGAGAGUAUAACUAGAGAUCAGACAGAGUUAGAAAUAUUAGAAUUAAUCAAACUACCUUUAUUAACAUCUAGUUGUUUUAAUCAGCUGAAAUCACAGAAACUAUGGAAAGUAAAUUUAAAAAAUUGUACAAAUUUAAAAACGGAAGGUGUGAAAAUAUUAACAGCAAAUAAUCCAUCCAUUCGUGUUUUAAUUCUGGGAGGAAAAACUGGCGUAGAUUCAACUGUAUAUCAACAUGUUGCACAAAAUUUACAAGAUUCACUAGAAGAAUUUGAUGCUUGUUUACAUACCACCAAUGAUGUUUGUCUGAAUAAUUUAUCUCUUUAUUGUCCGAACCUCAGAAAAUUAAAUUUAGAAGGAUGUACGCGGAUUGGAAAAGACGCCUUAAUUAAGUUAUUUCAAGGCUGUACAAGACUGGAAGAUCUAGACUUAUCCUAUUGUAAUAAAUUGCGUGAUUAUCCAGACAACGAAGUGUUGUGGAUUUUACCCAAAUGUUUAACUGAUCUGACUAUAUGUGGUUUAUUACUGGAUAAUCAAACAAUAUUUGUAGAAAGUUUAGAAAGAUUAACCAGACUUCGUUCAGUUCAUCUCUGUGGUGUGACAGCUUUAAAUGAUGAAACUCUUUCAAAGGUUUUAGAGAAGAUAGGAAAAGAUCUGGUUUUGUUGGAUGUCAGCGGUUAUGGUGGAUUUACCAAGAAUUUAACAGAUGUUGGAGUGGCGGCCAUAUCUAAAUAUUGUCAUAAUCUAGAAUCUCUCAAGAUCAGUAUGUUAGCAGAUGUGACAGGAGAAACUUUAAUACCUCUCUUUCAAGAUCGUAAACGUGCCAGUAAAAUAGUUAAUCUCUCAGUGAAUUGUAAACAGACGAGUCUUAAAGUCAUUUACCUAGUGGUUCAAACCUGUAUUAACCUCCAGAAGUUUGACCUUGGGGGUGUGUCAGGGGUCACCAAUGAUGUCAUCUUUAGUUUAGUAGAAAACUGUUUUUCCUUGAACAAAAUCAGUCUAAAGGGCUGUAGGCUGAUAACAGAUUCAGCGUUGAUAGAGUUAGCUCGAUGUUGUCCAUUAAAGAGUUUAGUUUUAUCAGGAAUCAACAACCUGACCGAUGCCAGUAUCUUCGCCCUCGCUAAUAGUUGUCAUGAUUUAGAAGAGAUAUAUUUAAAUGGAUGCGCUCAUGUUUCAUCGGCUGCUGUACAUUAUUUAACAGACUGUUGUAUAAACAGAUUGUAUGUUCAACACGCAACACCCAACGCUCAACCAUAUCAACUAAUGGCUAAAAAUCUAGAUACAGGGGAGUUCUGUAGAGCUGAUCUUCUGCAAUUCUCAUGAUAAAAUGUCUGCAUUCUUAAGUGUUUGUGAGACAUGUGGUCUAAACAUCCACACGCCAGGUCAUUUCGGGACUAACAUACGGUUCAAUUUUAUUUCAAUAAUUUCGCAGGCAUAGGGGUCUUUAGCAGUGGGAGAAAACCGGAUAAAGCCCACGAGGUUGUACAGAGGGCCCCAUUCGUUGUCAUGUGCAGGCUGGGAAUCGAAACCAUGUGUACAGACUGGGAAUUGAAACCACCUCAGUUGACUCAAUGACAGAUUUGUGAUAAAAUCUACUUGGACACUUGUGAUAAAAUCUACUUCAGUUCUCGUGAUAGACUACUUGAAUUCUUGUGAUAAAAUAUAUUUCAACUCUUGGGAAAAAAUCUACUUCAAUUCUGGGAAUACAAUCUAUGUGAUAGAAUAAAUUCCAUCUCUUGCGUUGCAAUCAGUUUCAGUUCUCGUGAUAGAAUCAGCUUCAGUUCUCGUGAUAGAAUCAACUUUAUCUUGUGAUAGAAUCAGCUUCAGUUCUCGUGAUAGAAUCAGCUUCAGUUCUCGUGAUAGAAUCCACUUCAUCUCAUGAUAGAAUCAGCUUCAGUUCUCAUGACAGAAUCCACUUUAUGCUAAGAACUACUGUGACCAUCUAUAUGACAAUACGCAAGGAACAGAAGAAAAUAUAAUAUAUAACGAGUGUUAAAGUCACGUACAAUUUUUUGCUAAGGGGGGCUAUACGAAACAGAAGGGGUUGUAACAAGUAUUAAGGCACAUACCAUUUCUUCCAGUUGGAUUGUUAUGUUUCAACCUUAUUGUUACCUCCAUGCAUAGUUACGUCCAAGUUGAGUUUAAUACUGAAUUAUGUGUUUAAUAAACGUACCGACAAAAGACAAAACUAUCAGUCAGAAUAUUAAUUAAUUAACAAUAAUGAUAUAUAUAUAUAUAGUUGUUAAACGUUGGACAAGUUGAGUACUAUUCCAGGCUUUGAUAGCAGCAAAAGGAUACAAGCCUGUCUGUGAAACACUAUUGGUCCUAUACAGACUGUUAAAGCUAUAAUUAUAAUAAUAAUUCUUGCCUUUAGAAAGGGCAACAUUUCAAACUGAAUUCUGUUCUGUGAAUGUGUGAUGGUAUGAAAGAGACUUUUUAAAGCUAUAAUAAAAACAAUUCUUGAAUUUAUACAGAGAGAGAGAGAGAAGUUUUAACGUCCACUUGACACAAACUAGGUCAUUUCGGGACUAACAUAUGGUUCAAUUUUAUUUCAAUAAUUCGCUUGCGCGUAGGGGUCUUUAGCAGUGGGAGAAAACCGGAGGACCUGGAGAAUACCCACAAGGUUGGACAUGCGACCCUACUCCUUGUCACGUACAACCCAGGAAUUCGAAACCACGCCAGUUGACUCAAUGACAGGCCUUAUGACAGGUGCUAACAACCCCUGCCCCAAAUUUAUACAGCACAACAUUUCAAAUUAUAGUCUGCCCUGUGUGGGUGUGAGAACUGAGGUGUCUUGAAAGUGGUAGCGAUUGAGUUUAAAACCUACACCUCUCAAAGUUUAUAAAAUAUACAGAUUUUUGAACAUAUUGUUGACAUGUUUCUCAUCAUUUAUUGUUAUGUUUUUAUAAAAAGAAUAAAAUUAUGUUUUUUGUUCUUUUUUAAAGAUA